UAUGUUUCCCUAACUAAUCUAUACUUGUUUCUUCGUGGUAUAGGAUGGUCACGUGGCUUGGCGGAGAAGGAUCGGGACGUACAGCGGUCUUCAUGGACGUCCCGCGGUGGAGUUGAAUCAUGGCGCAGAACCUACCCGGAGCCACGGGAGCGCCCUCGUCACCAUCAGAAGGCCCUAUUAUACACUGUGUGGGAAGAGCCACCUCUGCUGGUGAAGGAGUCGUUGACAAAGGAGGAGGCGACCUGGGUGCCCGAAAAUGAACCUCUGGAGAUCAUCAAGAAACGCUACUCUUUUGGUUCCAGACAGUUCGACUACAACUUUAGCCGGUCUCCAGCCCUUUCCGUGAAGACUAUGGGGUUUUACGACGCUGAUCCUCCGCUUGCCUCACACACACCCUUACACCUCACCAUGGAAUAUCCCAUUCACAAUCCCAGGCACGAAGUAAGCUCCACCCCAGGCUCCGGACGACCCCGCAAGUACUACCUGACUGGUGUGAUGGAAGAAAUGCCUAGGGAAUCAGAUUACGGUCAACCACACGUUCGUAAAUACUAUCUCCAAGCUGACACUAAGGAGAUGUUUGCAAACGACAAAGAAAUUCAAGUUACCAGCAAUGAAAUUGAAGAUUAUGCUCAAGCAUAUGACCUCAAUGCCGUGCUACCUCCGUCACACAACACUGUGGCUGAGCCACCCACCACACACAGUCCGCUUGACUCACUCACACUUACACGCUUUUCACCCUACUUCCCUCCUACAGGAUACGACCAACCCCCGCCAUCCAACGACACACCCUUCACAUACCACCGGCCAGCUUCACACAACAAUCCUGAUCCUCCACCGGCCUUCAGGAAGUACUACCUCCUUACCAGCGUCCCUGAACCCCACUCACCGGCCACAGCUACUGAUGAGGAUGACGUGCUAGACUCACCAGAAGAGUUUCCACGAGACUCUCACAAGUUGAGUUCAUUCGAUAUUUACGAAAUGCUUCGUCAGCCAAGAAAUGCAUCGUCCAGAAAAAAUGUGUAGUCUGCACUAUAAUUUGUGAAUGUGUCCCCGAGACUCCCAGUGCUACUUUGACUUGUGAUCACGACUACUGAUCAUGACAGCCUCAGGGUGUUCAGCGGCCUCUAGCGUGUCUCAGCUCUCACGACCAGCUGGACCUCUGCGCCCCAUAUCGUCACGGCCUUCGCAGGAAUCGUUGGGCUGACCUUCAGAUUUCGAGCGCCACCCUAACCUUUACCUAAAACCGGUUUCAAAAAUUCUACUCCCGCAGACCCCUCCAUAUCCACCACAACCCGGUUGGGCCGGCACCUCUUACAUAAACCUCUCCAGCUCCCUCUUCAAAAUUUAAACUUUUCUUCCACUAGCGUUUUUUUAUAUUUGCUGGAAGAUUCAACAUUUGAGAACUUCUAAUACCGAUAGUGUUCUGUGAUUGUGCCUCUAUGCCACCUCGAUAUCUCUUCUUCACUUUAUCUAUUCUACAUUUCCUACCACAUCUUUCGCUCCAGUAAGUUGUAAUUUUAUUGUACAGAUUUGGUACCUGACCUUCCACCUUCCAUGUAUAUAUUAUGUAAUAUCUUUCUCGUCCAGGCCCCACUCCUGUGCCAGGUAAGUCUACUACGGGCUCACCAUAGCCCAUGCCACUUGAACUUUUUUUUCCC